UGCAAGUAUACUUUUUCCUCACACAAUAAGUCCCAUACAGUUGCAUGAAAUCAUGAAACUGAAACUAGAGUAGAAAUGGCCGAAGGCGGAAGAUGUGCCCCAAAAAUCAAGACUCAUUCCAUUCUCCAUGACUACACAGUUGACUGGAACCAGAAACUUGGAACAGGAAUCAGUGGACCAGUCAGGCCAUGCAAGAAGUUGAAGACUGGUAGAAGUUAUGCUCUUAAAUGUUUGCCCGACAACCCCAAAUCACAAACAGAAGUGAACAUACAUUUUAUGUGCAGUGGACAUGCUAAUGUUGUGAAAGUUCAUGAUGUAUAUGCCAAUGAUCUUCAGUUCCCAGGGGAGAAACAGGCAAAACCUUUCCUGUUAAUGGUGCUAGAGAUGAUGGAAGGAGGUGAAUUGUUUGACAGAAUUAGUAAACAGAGAAGGUUUACAGAAAGAAAGGCCGCUAGAUAUUUUAAGAAAAUUGCAGAGGCUGUCCGCCACUGUCAUAGUCUAAAUAUAGCUCACAGGGACCUGAAACCAGAAAAUAUACUGCUCACUGAUAACUCAGAGGAGGCAGAGUUAAAACUGUCAGAUUUUGGUUUUGCAAAAGUAGAUGAUGGCAGCCUACAGACACCAUACUUUACUCCAUAUUAUGUUGCACCUCAGGUGUUGGAAGCACACAGACAUCAGUCUAGAUUGAAACGGGGGAUUAUACCCACUUCAAAACCUUACACAUACGAUAAGUCAUGUGACAUGUGGAGUUUAGGGGUUAUAUUAUACAUUAUGCUGUGUGGUUACCCUCCUUUCUAUUCGGAGACCCCCAGCAGACAGAUCACCAUGGAGAUGAGAAGGAAGAUAAUAUCUGGAGAGUUUGAUUUUCCGGAAGAUGAAUGGUGCCAUGUCUCAGACAACGCAAAACAACUUGUAAAAAGUUUAUUACAUGUUGAUCCGUCACACCGACUGAAUAUUGAUGAUGUAAUGAUGUUGUCCUGGUUAGAAGAUGCUCCAGACAAUGAACUUCAUUCCCCAGCUGUUAUAGCAGACAAACAAAGCCUAGAGGAUAUAAAUCUGGCUCAUUCACAGCAGUUGACCAUCUUACGGACAGAACAGUGUCAACUCACCUUAAAGCCGCUAGAUGAAUCUCAUAAUCCAAUACUCCGAAAAAGGAAAUACAGGGAAAGCAGCAAUGGUGAAAACAUAGAAGUAGUUACCAAGAUAACAACAUGUCAGCAGACACUUGGGUCUUUACGAAAUAUCAUUGCCUAUUGUAUUUUACCUCCUAAAGUUGAUGAUGAUGAAAGUGUUCUUAAUGAUCUAGUCAAGAAAGCUGAAACAUUCCAAAAUAAUACUCACAGUGGAUUGGCGGAGAUACUGCAACACUGGAAGUGGGAUGGUACCAAAUUUCUGGAGAAGAUAGACAAGUCAAAAUUAGCACAGAUGUUGAGUGAACUUGUACAAGACUUAAACCGUGAACCUUUAGUAAAACAGUCUUCUUCAGAUCUACAAAACGGUGCUACAGAACACAGUAAAACAUAGCUGAACACAGACCUGGGGAAUCAUGUUGCUAAAUAUGUGAUAUUUGUUGCUAUUGUCCAUUUUGUAUCAAUAUUUUUAUGUACUGUUUUUAAUAUUUUUGCAAUAUAUAUGGUAGAAUUUUUAUACGCCCGUUUGAAAAACGGGACAUAUUAUGGGAACGCCCCUGGCGGGCGAAUGGGCGGGUGGCGUCCACAGACUGUCCGGAGCAUAUCUUCUACAUGCAUGGAGGGAUUUUGAUGAAACUUGGCACAGUUGUUCACCAUCAUGAGACGGAGUGUCAUGCACAAGAACCAGGUCCCUAGGUCUAAGGUCAAGGUCACACUUACAGGUCAAAGGUCAAAUUCAAGAAUGACUUUGUCCGGAGCAUAUCUUCUUCAUGCAUGGAGGGAUUUUGAUGAAAGUUGUCACAAUUGUUCAUCAUUAUAAGAUGGAGUGUCAUGCGCAAGAACCAGGUCCCUAGGUCUAAGGUCAAGGUCACGCUUAGAGGUCAAAGGAUACAAUAAUGAAAACUUUGUCAGGAGCAUUUCUUCUUCAUGCAUGGAGGGAUUUUGAUAUAACUUGGCAGAAAUGUUCACCACCACAUGGCGGAGUGUCGUGCCCAAGAACCAGGUCCCUAGGUCUAAGGUCAAGGUCACACUUAGAGGUCAAAGGAUACAAGAAUGAAAACUUUGUCCGGAGCAUUUCUUCUUCAUGCAUAGAGGGAUUUUGAUAUAACUUGGCACAAAUGUUCACCACCACAAGACGGAGUGUAAUGCGCAAGAACCAGGUCCCUAGGUCUAAGGUCACACUUAGAGGCCAAAGGUCAGAUACAAGAAUGACUUUGUCCGAAGCAUUUCUUCUUCAUGCAUGGAGGGAUUUUGAUGUAACUUGGCACAAUUAUACACCAUCAUGAGACGAAGUGUCAUGUGCAGGUCCCUUCUUUAGAAUUACUUCCCUUCGUUGUUACUAUAAAUAGCUUAUAUUGUAACUUUUUCAUUACUAGUCGUAGGGAAAAAUCGAGACCACUUUUCUGUAGUACAACAUGCAUGUUACAUCAAAUUUUUAGGUGUAUUUUGACCAAUCUCUACCUAGUAAGGAUUUUUGUGCGGACUUACAAUUUUUUUUUUUUUUUUUUUUUUAAGAUUAACUUCCCUUAGUUGUUACUAUAAAUAACUUAUAUAGUUACUUUUUAGCUCACCUGAGCACGAAGUGCUCAAUGGUGAGGUUUUGUGAUUGCCCUGUGUCCGUCGUCCGUCGUCGUCAGUCAGUCGUCCGUUGUCAACAAUUUGACUGUUAACACUCUAGAGGUCACAAUUUUGGCCCAAACUUAAUGAAACUUGGUCAGAAUGUUACCCUCAAUAAAAUCUUGGACAAGUUUGAUAACGGGUCAUCUGGGUUCAAAAACUAGGUCACCAGGUUAAAUCAAAGGAAAAGCUUGUUAACACUCUAGAGGUCACAAUUUUGGCCCAAAUCUUAAUGAAACUUGGUCAUAAUGUUACCCUCAAUAAAAUCUUGGACGAGUUUGAUAUUGGGUCAUCUGGGGUUAAAAACUAGGUCGCCAGAUCAAAUCAAAGGAAAAGCUUGUUAACAUUCUAGAGGUCACAUGGCCCAAUCUUAAUGAAACUUGGCCAGAAUGUUACCCUCAAUAAAAUCUUGGACGAGUUCGAUAUUGGGUCAACCGGGGUCAAAAACUAGGUCACCAGGUCAAAUCAAAGGAAAAGCUUGUUAACGCUGUAGAGGCCAGAUUUAUGACUGUAUCUUCAUGAAACUUGGUCAGAAUGUUAAUCUUGAUGAUCUAUAGGUCAAGUUAAAAUCUGGGUCAGGUGGGGUCAAAAACUAUGUCACUAGGUCAAAUCAUAGGAAAAGUUUGUUAACACUCUAGAGGCCACAUUUGUAACUGUAUCUUCAUGAAACUUGGUCAGAAUGUUAAUAUUAAUGAUCUCAAGGUCCAGUUUGAAUCUGGGUCAUGUAGGAUCAAAAACUAGGUCACCAGGUCAAAUCAAAGGAAAAGCUAGUUUACACUGUAGAGGCCACACUUAUGACCAUAUCUUAAUGAAACUUGGUCUGUAUGUUAAUCUUGAUUAUCUAUAGGUCAAGUUCAAAUCUGGGUCAGGUGAGAUCAAAAACUAGGUCAGUAGGUCAAAUGAAAGGAAAAACUUGUUAACACUCUAGAGGCCACAUUUAUGACUGUAUCUUCAUGAAACAUAGUCAGAAUGUUAAUCUUGAUGAUCUUAAGGUCAAGUUCGAAUCUGAGUCAUGUAGGGUCAAAAAUUAGGUCACCGGGUCAAAUCAAAGGAAAAGCUAUUAACACUUUAGAGGCCACAUUUAUGACCAUAUCUUAAUGAAACUUGGUCAGAAUGUUAAUCUUGAUGAUCUUUAGGUCAAUAGGUCAGGUGAGCGAUACAGGGUCUUCAUGGCCCUCUUGUUUAUAAUUGACCGUAGGGAAAAACCAAGACCACUUUUCUGUGGUACAACAUAGAUGUUAUUUUCUUUUAAGGUAUCUCUACCUGGUAAGGAGUUUUUUUGUGGACUUAGAAAAACAAAAGAAUUACAAUGAUUACUAAACAACCACAAAAUUAAAAUUCCAUCUGCAAAUACAGGUGCUAGAGUAAAGAAAUUUGCUGUGACAGGCGUAUAUUGUGACAUUCUGGCACUCUUGUUAGUCAUUGAAAUUAUGUUAAGGUUAAAUUGACUUGUUCUUGGACUACCUUUUAAUAUUCUUUUUCUGAAAUACAUGCAUCUUUUUGUAUGUGUUAGCAGUGGUUAUGAAUAUAGAGUGGUAUUUAGGUUUCUAAAAAAUCCAACAUAUACUGAAAUAUGUUAAGAAAGUCCUAUUCACACAUAUGUUUACACAUAUUACAAAUUAUGAUGCCUCAAUAGACUGGUGGUAGAGCAUCUGCUUCAAGAGCGGGAAGUCGUGAGUUCAAUCCCCGGCUGAGUCAUACCAAAGACAUAAAAAGUGGUAACAGUUGCUCCCUUGCUUGGCGCACAGCUUUGAAAGGGACUGGCUCCUUCUCUCACCCUCGUGGUGAUGGAUUCCAUCAAGAAUGAAGUGUCGAGAGUGAUCAAUAUAAGUUGUAGAACAUCGUUCACAAUCGACCUAAAAUAAAUUAUGUAUAAAAUAAAUUAUGAUGCGAAACCACUAGUAUUGUUACUGGUAUCAACUCCAUGUUGCAUAUCCAAACAUUUAAUUGGCUGUAUUUUUUCAAGUCAAAACAUUUUAAAGACUUUAACAUCAUAUUCAGUCAUAAAUGAAAUGCACACAAAAAUUGGACAUUAUUCACACUUGUUCCUGAAGGUUUGGUUUCCAGGGCAGUUCUAAAAAGUAGUAUGUGGAAAUUACUAAAGCACAUUUUACACAUUUUUACACAUUGCAAAUUACACAUGGCAUAGUGUCAUUGAAUACUCCAGUUCAUACACAUUUCUAGUUAAUUUCACAAAGUAGCUGUAAAUUGUACAUGUAAUUUUGACAUAGAACCCGCCAACUGUUUUAGAAAUAAAAUACAUUUUGAAAAUAACAUAUGACACAUUUGUAAACAGUAUUGAAAAUGAACUUUUCUGUGAUGUUUUAAUCAAAUUUUUGGUAAUUUACUUGAUAUAUUUCAUAAUGUAGAAUAUACAGCUAAAUAAACUAUUUUUCAGACUA